UCUCGCCUGUUUGCAGGGCUUCGUUCGAAUGAAUGUCGGCCAUGCAUCCAUGCCCGUGCAUUUAAGCUCACUCGACGCAACCAACGAAAUCAUUAAAAGGUCUCUCUCUCCCUUGCUCGUGCCGGAAAACAGAAAUUCGAAGGCCACGCCACUUUGGGCUAGUAGUCAACAGGCCGGACACACACGCACACACACACAACAGCAAAACAAAAAACGAUUGUCCGCUUGUGUUUGGUAGUGCACAACGUUGCGUAAUCUCAGCUGUACUCGUGGGCUAGUGGCUCAUCGCCCGUCGAACAGUUCCAGCGUGCACUGUUAGCCCGUUAACCCAGUGCUAUUGUGCAACGUACAAUUUGGUUGAAAGGAUUUACAUUCCGUUCAGCUUGCAGACCAGUUGAGCCAACACGAAAAUGACGGACAGACACAGUUACAUGUGGAAAGAUGAAAAUCAGGGUUCUGAUACUUCAAACAUUUUUGAAACGCGACACGAACGAUUGCGACGUCGUCUCAGUCUAGUAAUCAUCAACAUCGUUGGAUUCAUCUCUACCCUGGGAUUCUCGAUCGUCCUCACGGGAGCUUAUCCGUAUCUCUUGCAGAUUGACGAAGAGUCUGAUAAAAGAGUCUUGGGAUGGGUCAUCGCCGCCCAACCGAUAGGCCAACUCAUUUCUUCACCGAUCGUCGGUUGGCUCGGCAAUCGUUUGGGUUCGGUUCGAUGGCUGUGCAUGACCACCGGCCUUCUCAACAUGAUGGGAUUCGUUAUGUACGCCAUCCUCGGUGAUCUACCUCAACCGAGGAGGUACUGGAUGAUUUUCGCUCGAUUCAUCGUCGGAGUUGCAGCAGGUUCUGUGACGCUGUGCAUCACGUACAUUUCAAAAGCGACGACGGCGAAAGAGAGGACGACUUUCAUCGCCAUUAAUGCGCUCGUGUCUACCAUCGGCUUCAUCGUCGGACCAGCGGUGCAAUCGGCCCUCAUUCCGAUGGGAAGGACGGAUCUACGCUGGAACAUGUACACGACCGCUGGAUGGUUGGCGGCCUCGCUGACUUUCGUUCAAGUCGUCCUCUUCUUUCCUUGCAUUUUCCAGGAGUUCAACAUGGCCGAGAAAGAGGCCAACUGGAACAAACUGAUCAAUCAGAAAAAAAAUUUGGGAAAUCAAGGUUUCGCACGAAUCAGUUCUAGUAAUAGCUCAGAUGAAAAGAAGAGGGAUCUCAUCGGUGUCUUCAUUUGCAUCUUUAAUUUCUCGGUGGCUGGCUUCAUCUUGAUCAUGAUUGAAACGCUUGCGACUCCAAUUGCGAUGGAUCAGCUGGGCUACAGCGAUGACGAAGCCGUUAAGAAAGUUGGCAUCGUCCUAUCCAUUGGCUGCAUUCUCACCGUCAUAUCAUUCGCAUCCUCCGGUCCUUUGGCCAGAAGAAUCACUGAAAGGAAGACUCUGGUAUUAUUCGGACUGGUUCCAUUAUUACUGUGUCACGUGGUUCUUUUGCCCUAUCCUGGCCCUCUUCCUCGCAUGCAGCAACAGCUCAAUGAUACAGACUUCGCAGUUGUGGAACAGUUGAGUAUGAAGCCACCAGUUAACAUGACAGAGAGUGGCGAUUUCCCUGUCGCGCUAGGCCUGCACGAGCCGAGAUCGCCCCAAUCCAAUUCAACGUCCCAUUUAGGAUGUCCUAUUAGCCAAACGUGGUGUUUGUACACGCCAGCCAUCCGUGCCCAACAGCUGAUUUUCGGCUUCAUGUUCAUAGCCAUCGGUUACGCAUUCACAGCGACAAUGAGUACGAGCACCAUGACCCAAGUUCUUCCGCCAGACGGCCAGCAGGGAACGUGGACGGGCAUUUAUCAAGCCGGUGGCUCGUUGGCACGCAUUUUAGGUCCGCUUUACCUGACCAACGUCUACACCGUGUACGGACCUCGCGCUACAUUCGGCAGCAUCAUCGCCCUCUUGUGUGGCGUCAUCAUCCUUAACUUGUACCUAUUCAAACACCUCAUACCUUUAGCUCAUCGGAGCAAAAAAAUUUACUUUGAUCUACGUUAGCAUUAAUGUAAAAAAAAAAAACAUUUUUCGCAUUGUACAUCAAUAAUAUAUUAGUGAAACAAAAUGAAAACAAAUACCACGUAAAUAUGCCACCUCACGUCGAUGCCUUUUUUAUUGUAAUUCCCUACGUCAGCGGAUUAUUCUCUAUUACAAGUGAAAUGGU